CGGCUGCGCCGGGACCGGCGGGGAGCGAGGAAAUGGCCGCCCCAGCGGCCGCGAUGGCCGCGGCGGGUGCCGCCGGCACAGCGCAGCAGUGACCCUCGCCUCCUCACGAGGAUUUUUUGGCAGCGAGGCCGCACCGAGCCCGACCCACAGCAGCCCCCGUGCGGCCCCAGGCUGCAGGCGGCCUCCUCCUGGCUCCCCAUGUCGUGCUACCAGGAGGAUUUCUUCAAGGAGUACCUUAAGAUGAUGGCGAACAUCAUCAUCCUGAGCUUGCUCAUCUGUAUCUCCCUGGCCUUCUGGAUCGUGUCCAUGACUGCGAGUACCUACUACGGUAAUUUACGACCAAUUUCUCCGUGGCGCUGGCUUUUUUCAGUCACAGUUCCACUACUGAUUGCUACACAGGGUGUUAAGAAGAAGAGUCUUGAUCACAGUGGUGCAUUGGGAGGAUUGGUGGUUGGAUUUAUCCUUACAGUUGCAAAUUACAGUUUCUUCACUUCUUUGCUUGUAUUUUUUGUUACUUCUUCAAAGCUUACUAAAUGGAAAAAAGAUAUAAAGAAGCGAAUAGAUUCCGAAUACAAAGAAGGUGGACAGAGGAAUUGGUUACAAGUAUUUUGUAAUGGCGGUGUUCCUACUGAGCUGGCUAUCUUAUAUAUGAUAGAAAGUGGACCUGGUGAAAUUCCAAUAGACUUUUCAAAGCAAUACACAGCAUCGUGGAUGUGCUUAUCGCUUUUGGGAGCUUUGGCAUGCUCUGCUGGUGAUACGUGGGCGUCAGAGAUUGGUAGUGUUAUGAGUAAAAGCAAGCCAAGGUUAAUAACAACCUGGGAAAAAGUUCCAGUAGGUACUAAUGGAGGAAUUACAUUAGUGGGUCUCCUCUCAAGUUUGCUUGGUGGCAUGGCAGUAGGAACAGCCUACUUCAUAACACAGCUCAUUUUCGUGAGUGAUCUGGAUGUGUCCGCGCCACAAUGGCCAAUUGUUGUGUUCGGUGCAGCAGCUGGCUUGCUGGGAUCAAUUGUUGAUUCAUAUUUGGGAGCUACAAUGCAAUACAGUGGUUUUGACAAGAACACUGGCAUGGUUGUCAACCACCAAACAAAAGACUCCAAGCACAUAUCUGGAAAACCUAUACUAGACAACAACGCAGUAAAUCUUUUUUCUUCUGUACUCAUUGCUCUGGUGCUUCCCGGUGUGGCAUGGUGUUUCUGGCCAAGAGGUUGAAAUGGUUUAAGGCUUUCUGCGUGUUCUGGUUCAGUUAUAUUCAGUCUUACUUAAAGACUCCCGAGAGUGCUCUUUGAGCUCUCUUGCAGAGAGGGAUCUGAACCUUUGAGAGAGCCAAAGGACUUUCCAUCUCAACUUAUUUAGCCAAGCUUCAUAUGGCAGUAGCCAUCUGUCAGGGCAAAGGAGGGGUCUUGUCAAUAUGCUGUUGCUGCUCUUUAAGUGGGUGUAGAUCAUUGCCAAAUGAGGCGAAGCACUGUUUUUUUAUCGUCAUGGAGCUGAAGGGUUGGCUUCUGUGUUCUCUAUGGAAGAGCAAGAAGCUGGAAAUAGAAGUUGUCUAAUCUACAUUUACCAGUGUGAUAGAGCACUGCAACUGUUCAAGCCAGGCACAAAAUACUCUGCAACUUUAUGCAGUGGUAACACGGGUGAAAUGGAUGAAUUUUGGUUUAGUAAUUCCCAUAAUCUGCAGGAUGUAAGGUUUUGAGGAAAUACUUGAGGAGGAAGAGCAUUAAGCCUUGUUGCCUAUUUUGUAUCCUGAUACAAUCUCCACUUCCCCGAAAAUAGGGUUGGUAAAAGUGAUGCUAUGAUAAUGCUAUAAUAAUGGUUGAAGCAAAAGACUGAGUUCAGAAUAGAAAUGACUAGCUUUUCCAGUAAGAAUAAUAACUUUGUCCAUGUUUAUUUGAAAUUCUUAUUUCUUAAUUAAUGCUAUAUAAGAAGAUUGUUAACACUGUUGUAAUGUGGUACUUAUUAAAUUAUGUAACAUUAAAUAUUACAGUUUUGCAUUCACAUUCAUCUUUUUAUAAAUAUGAACAUUGUUUCUGUAAGCAUAGAAUUACUUUAUAAUAUUUAGCAUUCUGAGCAAACAAUAUUGUUUAGUUCUUUUUCAGCAGUGUAAGUUUUUUCUGUUUUGUUCAGGGUUGCUAUUCACAGGUGAUAGCCUCAAUCAAAGAAGCUACAGAUGUUAUCCGCAUAGGGAGAGUCUUACUGACAAAGCAUUUCAAAGGGGGAAUUUACCUUCUGGUGCUCAAGCUGCUAUAUUAGAUGAUUCCAUCUUUCAGCAUUAAUUAUAAGAUGUAGAAGUAAUUUAGCCAGCACAGAUUAUAUUUAAAUGUUAUGAAUACCCUCAUAAUAACUGGAGACAUUCAGAAAGUAGAGCCUGUACAAUUAAUGUAUAAAAGAUAUUUCUUUUUAUCUUCAGAGAUAGAUGAGUAUUUGUGUUAAACAGCUGAUUUAUUUAUUUUUUUUAACAAAUAUGUACGUUGCCUGUCCAAAUUGACUUGGAUCAUGUAUUCUGUCACCUUUUAUAAGAAUAUUCAAAUAUUUUAACACCUCCCAUGUUGAAUUUAUUCAUUUGAAAUCUAGAAUUUAUCAUUGGACCUUGUUAAUUGUAUUACCCAAUGAUAUAGAUGAGAUUUCAACCUUAUGAAAGCUUUCUGAAAAGAACAAAUUGUAUGGUUGAUGUAUGCCAGUGUUCCUAUGGGAAGGUACAUGGUUAUAAAAGGAAUAUAUGCACUUAAUCUGUAACAGUAAAGACAGGAAACUUUUAUGCACUGAUUAGAUUUAUGCUGCUUCUAUGUAAACGCUGUAUUAGCAGUCUUUUAAGAUUUUAUUAAUAUUUUUGUGAUUUCUAGAAUUAAGAAAUAUAAUUUUCUUUUGUAAGAUACUUUUGCUUUCAAUUAAAUGUCUUAUUUUUUAUUAUUUUGUUUCCUGAAACAAAGUAUGCUUUUAAAUCAAACACUGAAGUAGACUUAGUCUGCUUUUCACUACUAUUUGAGUCUCAUUUUAAAACUGCCUAGUCACAAUUGGAAGGUAUCUGUAAUUUAAAACACAUAGCAGCAUGAAAUGCUUUGAUCUGUUAUCAUAUGAAUUAUUGUGAUCCAAAUGAACUCCUGCAGGUAGGACCUUCAAAGGCCAUUAUUGAGAAUUUAACAUUUGUCAUAUCUUCAUAGUGAUGGCAUUGACUUGUUUAUGAAAUUUCCAAUCCUAAAUUUGCAAUAUUUAGAAAUAUCUGAACACUCUUUAACUCUAAAAGGGACAGCGUUAACUCUGAGUAUACUGUAUUGACUGGGGUACACCUUAUGGAAAUUUCAUUACUUUUUUUUUUUAAUAGAUAUUACAGGAAGGAAGUUACAGUAUUUGACUAUCUGCUUCUGAACUGAUGUGUGUCACUAAGAGCAGUUGCAGAGAUGAGAAAGGAGCACAGGAGUACUGCCUGUCCAUGUGAUACCAGGAGAGAAAGAACAUGUAGGAAGUAAAAGGGAAAAGGAGGAGGAGCUGGGAUAAAACCAAAGAAAUUAAAAACACCUGAGUGCUUGUUUUGCUUCAGAGCUAUUGGUACCUUUAGUAUAUGAGAUAACUGUCACUAAAUUUCCUUUCAUAUUGAAGUGGCACCAAGAUUUUCCACAGCCUCAAGAGGAGGAUACUCUUGAUUUUUUUAACUGAAUUACGAAACAUUGGUCGUCAUUCUUUGCUUGAUUUUUAGAUGUGUUAGAAGUUCAAGUAAAAGUAUGUUUAUGGCUUAAUUUACUUUUAAUAAAUAACAUCUUGCAAUCA